AUGGAUCAUCAUCUUAUCCAAGAAAGUGAAGUAGAAGUAGAUAAUACGAAUAGUGAUCUUUUAAUGCAAAUCAGAAUUUUAAAAAAUUCUCUCAAUGUUCUUGCAACUGAAAAUUCUAAACAAUCACAAAUUAUUGAAAUUAAAAAUAAUAAAAUUUAUGAAUUAGAAUAUGAAUGCGAAUAUCUUAAAAAACAAAUUGCUGAUUUUAAUCUUAGAUUAGAAAGUUUAAAUUUAUAUAAAAAUAAUAUAGAAAUAUUAACAAAUGAAAAAAAUAAGUUAGAAAAUGAAAAUACAUACUUAAAAGAACAAUGGAAUGAAUGGUAUAGUACUCAACAAAAGCGAAUAACAGAAUUCUUGAAUCCAAUAAAAAUGAAUAGUGCAUUUACUAAUUUAGAUGGUGAAAUUAAUUUGAGUGAAGAAAUGAAGUCAUUUAGUGUACUUGCACAAGAAAAAAGACAAGAGGCUGAAAUAAUGAAAAAUGAAAGCACAAUGAAAAAAGAAGAGCUUAUUUCAGUUAUCAAUUUAAUACUUAUAUUACUUCCUGAAACACAAUACUCAAAGUAUACUAAUUUAAAAAAUAAGACAAAAACUAUAGUAUUAACAAUCUUGCAAGAAAUACAAGGCUUAAAUAAUGCUGAAGAUGCUAUUGAUGAAGAAAAUGAAGAUAAAGAGCUUAUAGACGAAGAAAUAAUAUAA